AUGAGUGGGAUUGUUGCUGUCAAUAUUGCUGAGUUCUAUUGUUGCAGAGUUGAGGAGUUUGCUGCAAGAUGUCGGCGUCGGAACGAAAGCUCUGAUUAUGAUGUUGUUGCUGCUCGAGCCAUGUCGUAUGCUCUACUUCAAGUUCUUGUUAACAACAAAUUCGGUUGUCGUUGCCGCUUGAGAUUGUCGAGUCCGCUGCGAGGUUGUCGAGUUCAUGCGAAACCUGAUGCCGUAGAGUCGAGCCGUGUUGUUGUCGGUGAAACCGUUUUGUUUCUGAGUUGUGGUUUUCAAAACUCUGCACUUUCCUCGUUGAAUAGAGAGAGCUUCGUUACAGCAUCAAGCAAGGCCUGCUUCAGCUAG